AUGGUGCUGUUGAAGAUGAAGUUCACCCAGCAGCGGCGGGUGCGUCUGGCCCAGGGCCUGUGGCUGCUGUCCUGGCUGGCAGUGUUUUGCGGGACCUUCAUCUUUUGUUUGGGGGUUUACCUCAAGACAGAGCUGCUCCGUAGGGCCGAGGUGAUGGACAACACAGAGAUCCACGUGGUUCCCAACAUCCUGAUGGUGGUGGGCCUGGCCUCCAUCGGCACCAACUGGGUUGCAAGUCGUGUGUGUCAGGACUCCUUGGACGCAAGCCGCUUCCCCCGUUGGAAAGUUCUCCUGCUGGCUUGGUUUGCUGUAGCUGCACUGCUCUGUUGUCUGCUCAUCGCCGUGGUGGUGCUCAGCUAUGCCCUGCAAGGACGAUUGGAGGAGUCACUGAAGGUCGGCCUGAGGAAUGGUAUUCGGUUCUACAAGGACACAGAUGUGCCAGGCCGCUGUUUUCAGAAAGAGACCAUCGAUCGUCUGCAGAUGGAGUUUCGCUGUUGUGGGAACACCAACUUCAGGGAUUGGUUUGAAGUUCAGUGGGUCAGCAACAGAUACCUGGACUUCACCUCCAAGGAAGUCAAGGAUCGUAUCCGGAGUAACGUGGACGGUCGUUACCUGUUGGAUGCCGUUCCGUACAGCUGCUGUAACCCCGCCUCCCCUCGUCCCUGCCUGCAGUACCACCUAACAGAUAACAGCGCCCACCACAACUAUGACUUCCAAACAGAGGACCUGAACCUGUAUAGUCGCGGCUGCAGGCAGGCUCUGGUCGACUACUACAUGGGCUUGAUGAAUUCAACUGGUCCUGGUGUGCUGUCAGUCAUCUUAAUUCAGAUGUCAGUGCUCCUGAGCAUGCGAUACCUGCAGACGGCCGUGGAAGGAGCCAUGGUUCUGGAGGACCCACUGGGAGACAGUGAGGGUUUUCUCCUGGAGAAGGGUGUGAAGGAAACCUUUGAGGAUGUCAAAGCCAACAUCCUCACCAUGAUAAAGUUCGCGCAGGUUGACCCCACCACCGAAGACCCCGUCCCUGAGGGUGCAGAUGCCGAGAAGGCUGCUUCCCCUGCUCCUGACAGCUAGAGGGAAAAUGAGGGGGGUUCUUGGUUGUGUGAGUUGGCUGGUGGCGGGUAGAACACCUGAUUUUGACACGUUAGGCUUGAUUUACGCUCCACCAAUGCAGCAGCUGCAGCUCCCUCGCACAUGGCCAAAACAAGGCAACACAUAAUGAAUCUUAUCAGGCCCUGCACAGACAUCACAAACAUCUCCUUGGUGCAGGAACUCGUGAAUGUGUAACCAACAGAGAACCUGUUCAGGAGAUGUGUAGUACUUUUUGUUGUAACUAGAAGAGAGUACAUUCUGUGUAAAUGGAUGUAGGGUUCACACACAGACAAAUAUUUAACACAUUUUGAUGUUUGGCUCAAAUUUGGCACAAUCACGUAAUGCUAAAGUUCAUUCAAUGUGCAUUUGUAUUAUUCAUCUCAUAGCUGUAGAAUUUGUACUAAACUGCACUGAAAUGCUUAGGAACCUGUUAAAAUGGCACAUUAAUUAUAUAUUAAAGUUAGAAGGUUUUAACUGCUUUGUAGUGUCGGCUUCCUUUUGUACAGGUAACAUA